AUGACCAUUGAUUAUGUUGAAUCUACUGAAUUUGCAAGUUCAUCAGCCAAAAAUGUAAAACCAAAGAUCCGUAUCAUAGAUCCUUUUGAAAUAAUGGAUCCUGAUAGAUACAAAAGGUGGAUGAUAAUUUGUUUUUCUGAUAUAAUAAGCAAACCUCAAACAAAUGGCCUAACAAACUUGGCAGUUGUAAAACCUUCUACAAGUGGACGAAAACCAUCUUAA